ACACCACUAAAGCCCCAGCACAGGAGAGAACCACCCAGCCCAGAAGUUCCAGGGAAGGAACUCUCCCAUCCACCAUGGAGUACCUCUCAGCUCUGAACCCCAGUGACUUACUCAGGUCAGUAUCUAAUAUAAGCUCGGAGUUUGGACGGAGGGUCUGGACCUCAGCUCCACCACCCCAGCGACCUUUCCGUGUCUGUGAUCACAAGCGGACCAUCCGGAAAGGCCUGACAGCUGCCACCCGCCAGGAGCUGCUAGCCAAAGCAUUGGAGACCCUACUGCUGAAUGGAGUGCUAACCCUGGUGCUAGAGGAGGAUGGAACUGCAGUGGACAGUGAGGACUUCUUCCAGCUGCUGGAGGAUGACACGUGUCUGAUGGUGUUGGAGUCUGGUCAGAGCUGGAGCCCUACAAGGAGUGGAGUGCUGUCAUAUGGCCUGGGACGGGAGAGGCCCAAGCGCAGCAAGGACAUCGCCCGCAUCACCUUUGACGUGUACAAGCAAAACCCUCGAGACCUCUUUGGCAGCCUGAAUGUCAAAGCCACAUUCUACGGGCUCUACUCUAUGAGUUGUGACUUUCAAGGACUCGGCCCAAAGAAAGUACUCAGGGAGCUCCUUCGUUGGACCUCCACACUGCUGCAAGGCCUGGGCCAUAUGUUGCUGGGAAUUUCCUCCACCCUUCGUCAUGCAGUGGAGGGUGCUGAGCAGUGGCAGCAGAAGGGCCGCCUCCAUUCCUACUAA